GGUCUGUUCAGAGCAGCAGUCCCCAGUGGUGCGUCCACUGGCAUUUAUGAAGCACUAGAACUUCGAGAUGGUGACAAGACGCGAUUUUUGGGCAAAGGAGUUACAAAAGCUGUUGAUAACAUCAAUACAUUAAUAGCACCUGAGCUGAUUAAGCAGCAUGUAAAUGUUAUCGAGCAGGAGAAAAUUGACAAGCUGAUGCUGGCAAUGGAUGGCACAGAGAACAAAUCUAAAUAUGGGGCCAAUGCUAUUCUGGGCGUUUCGCUGGCUGUGUGUAAAGCUGGAGCUGCAGAGAAAGGAGUGCCCCUUUAUCGUCACAUUUCCCAUCUUGCGGGCAACACACAGGUCAUCCUGCCUGUUCCAGCCUUCAAUGUGAUAAAUGGUGGAUCUCAUGCUGGUAACAAGUUGGCCAUGCAGGAGUUCAUGAUCCUACCGAUUGGUGCUGCCAACUUCAGGGAAGCCAUGCGCAUUGGUGCUGAGGUGUACCACAACCUGAAGAAUGUCAUCAAGGACAAGUAUGGGAGGGAUGCAAUUAAUGUUGGUGAUGAGGGUGGAUUUGCACCCAACAUCUUGGAAAACAAGGAAGCUUUAGAACUGCUGAAACUUGCCAUUGAGAAAGCUGGCUAUUCGGACAAGGUUGUGAUCGGAAUGGACAUAGCAGCCUCCGAAUUCUUCCGUGAUGGGAAAUAUGACUUGGAUUUCAAAUCCCCACCUAAUCCCAACCGUUACGUUACCCAUGACAAGCUGAUCGAACUUUACUCGAGUUUCAUUAAAAAUUACCCUGUUGUCUCUAUCGAGGAUCCUUUUGACCAAGAUGAUUGGGCAGCCUGGAAACAAUUCACAGCUCAAACAACAAUCCAAGUGGUCGGUGACGACUUGCUUGUGACAAAUCCCACUCGUAUUGCGAAAGCUGUCGCGGAGGGAGCCUGCAACUGCCUGCUGCUCAAAGUGAACCAGAUUGGCUCCGUCACCGAGUCCAUUGAAGCAUGUAAGCUGGCCCAGUCAAAUGGAUGGGGUGUAAUGGUGAGCCAUCGUUCUGGAGAGACUGAAGAUACUUUCAUUGCUGACCUGGUUGUUGGGCUUUGCACUGGACAGAUAAAGACUGGAGCUCCUUGCAGGUCGGAACGCCUGGCUAAAUACAAUCAGUUAAUGAGAAUUGAAGAGGAGCUCGGGCAGAUGGCUUGCUUUGCUGGCAGAAGUUUCCAGAACCCUCUUGCCAAAUAAACCGGGCAGCAUGUUUUCUGUCAACAAUAACCAGUGUUUAGAGCAGCUUUCACUUUGUUCCUCCUGUACCAGCAGAAUUGAUGUUUGUUUUUGUACUAUCACUGUUGCAGAAUUACUGUUCUAGUAGAGGAAAGGGAAAUGUGUCAAGUUUUUUGAUGUGUUCCUUUCUCUAGAAGAGACAAAAUAAAUGCAAGGCUUAAAUCAU